GAAGAAGAGGGGGCGCGAACGCAUUGGAUCUGAAGAGAAAGACUAAGCGCCCUGGUAAAGAUGUCAACAAAUGCAAUGAUAGACCUGGCGCUGGACCGAGUGGAUUGGACUGCUUUGGCCGAGAACCAGGAGCAACAGCCUCGUAUUUACACACCCGGCGAAGUGCUUAUGGCGGAAUCAGGCUUUAUGCGCGGCCAUGGAACUUUCGUUGAAGAUGAAAACAUAAAAGCCUCAGUGGCAGGUGUGAUUGAGAAGGUCAACAAAUUGAUAUCGGUGCGACCGCUGAAAAGUCGCUAUGUGGGUGAGAUUGGCGAUGUAGUGGUGGCACGUGUACUGGAAGUGGGUCAAAAACGUUGGCGUGUGGACACAAAUUCACGUUUGGACUCUUUGCUGCUGCUUUCUUCAGUAAAUCUACCGGGCGGUGAGCUCAGGCGGAGGUCUGCGGAGGAUGAACAAAUGAUGAGGCGUUAUCUGGACGAAGGGGAUCUGAUAUCCGCAGAAGUGCAGAAUGUCUUUGAGGAGGGCACGUUGUCGCUAUACACCCGCAGCUUAAAAUACGGCAAACUAUCCCAGGGUAUACUGGUCAAGGUUUUUCCAGCGUUGGUAAAACGGCGAAAGAUGCAUUUUCACAAUCUGCCAUGUGGUGCGUCCGUUAUUCUUGGCAAUAAUGGCUACAUCUGGAUAUCGCCCACAAAGAACGAAGACCAAGUCGGUGGCGAGGGAGGUUUUGCCCAGAACCUAACUGAAGUCGUGCCACGCAACGAACGUGAGGUUAUAGCACGCCUGCGCAACUGCAUCCUGGCGCUAGCCAAGUGUAAACUGAUGUUAUAUGACACAAGCAUUCAAUACGCUUACGAAGAGUCGCUCAAAUACGAAUCACGUGAGCUACUCCAGCAGCAUGUCAUCUUUGAUAUUGGCGAACAAACUCAGGCUCGACUCAGAGAUGUCGAUCUUAUGGAUUGAUGCUUGUGCAUAAAU